AAGUUAGCAAAGUAUGACUCGGGAAGCAGCUACAGCGGUCUUGUGACGACAUCCUUGCUAUGACGAUAACCAGUUACAAUAAUACUGCCUCUCAUCAUUAGCCAGGAUACAAAAAAAAAGAAACUUUUUCUGAUAUCUCCAAAUCCAAAUCCGAAUCCAAACAAUGUCGACAUUCUCUUCCCUGUCGAGCUCCUCUACCGGGUCCUCCGUUCAAGCGGGCUCAAGCACUAUCGUCAAAAAAAACCUAUUGCUCGGAGGGUUUGUUAGCUACAAACAUUGGGCAGAGGUCAUCGCCGUAGCAGAGCGAAAGGAAUUACCGCGGAAGACUGCAGAUAUCAAGAAACAUAUUUCUCGAAAAAUACCGGUGGCUCCGAUUAGUGUGUGUGUGGAUGUUUUCAGCAAGUCGAAGCAACGAAGGAGAGAGGCAGCGCUCUGAGAUGAUGUCGGUGAGCCUUUGCAUGCCGCAGUCCCUCGUUCCCGAGCUUUCUAAGCGCCAGCAGGAUGCAGAUAUCUGCAAGGCUGUGGGCUAUUAUCAACAGACAACUGAGCGGGCGCGUAUGGGGUAUACGCACUACGACAUCACUGCUGAAAUAGUUGAUGGGGCGCCGCGCAUGCAGUGCGGGGAGAAAGUGGGGCUAGGCGUCAACGUCAUUGUUCAUAGCUUGUGGCUUCGAGGGUUUCAGAAUAUUACGAAUUCGCGAGAGGACUUCUACUGGGAUCAGGAUGACGUAGCCGCCGACCGUGACGGAUUAAUACCUCGGCAGCCGCUGCCUGUCAAAGUGGGAUUUAGUUUGGUGCCGGUGGGCGCUGCUCAUCAUGCGAUGCACCUUGCGGCGCGUGCUGCCGGUACAUGAUAUUUCCAUACAAAGCGACGACGAGAACCCCAGAUGGAGCAACUCUCUCACUUUGCUCGAAUCAACGCGAGAUGGCGCAGUUCAGCAGAUCCUCGACCAGCUUGAUGCUUGUCUGUCACAGGGUGACACGACCCUGGAGAUCACUCAAGAGCAUUUGACCAGCUCCCCAGGCUUCCGAACGGUAGAGCGAUACCCCUGCACGCCAGAGACCUUGAGGCUCUCCAUGGGAGUUUGCUGGGGGACUAUUCUCUGAUUAGCGGUUUAGUGACCAAGUCGAAGAAUUGUGGGGGCUUCGAUAUCGAGCGGCAGAGGCCGACCGCGGACGGCCGUCGUUGGGAACCCUUUUACUUCGAUGAGGAUGAGGAGCAUCCGGACAUCGUUGUGAUGGCAUUAACGUUUCGCCUUGUACUACUCGAAGAAUGAGACUUAUAUUUAUUUAUAAAUAUCUUUUCGUGUAGUACGAUUUGAAGAUCCCCACUCAGUGACGACUGGGCCUGAGGCAAACCCAGUAUGGCUAGUAUCUAUAAUAAGAACUCCAUUUGACCAAUGUUAUAGAGGUGAGAGUGACCCUCACGUUGCCUGCCACUCAAAAGUAUCAUCCCCAAGAUAUUGCGUACAUUGUUUUUGCAAAGGAACCCAUUAAUAGCCAGCCUAUCUUCACACCAACCGGAACGAAGUCCAUAGACACUUGGCAUCGCUAUUGCAAAACUUGACUCUAUUUAGUCCUACCGAUCAAAAAAAUGACAGAAUCAUCAGUGACUGGGUAUUUUCAUCCACAUAUCAGAGUAGUUUAUAGCACGCAUGGUACAUGGAGUAGCAUGGAGUGCAUGGAGCGCAGAGCUUUAAGGGGCGCAAGA